GGCGGUGCGGCCCUGCCAUCGACCCCUGCGGCCCUCCCCCUCUUCCCAUCCGGCCGCUCGCCGAACGCCAUCGGAAGCAGCCCUCCUCUUCAGAAAUCGAAGAUCGAAGAUCGAAGAUCGGGUUCUUCACUCUUCAGGAAUCGAAACCCUCCUCGUCGCCUCUUCCUCUUCCGCUUCCGCUUCCGCUUCCGCUUCCGAUAUCCAACGAUAUAUAGAUCAGUAAUCGAUCGGGUGGUUCUUUACAAACCAAACCAGCGAGACUCUCCCCGUCCUUUUCUCUCGACCUAGGGCAUCCAUGCCAUGAUCACCUCCACCAUGCGAGACUCUCCCCGGCCUCUUCUCUCGACCUAGGGCAUCCAUGCCAUGAUCACCUCCACCAAUCGCAGCGGCAUCGCUCGCCAUUUCUGAGGUUUCCUUGCUCCAAAACAAGGUUCGUGAGUACUAUACUAGAAGGGCUGGAAAUUUUCUAUUUGUGAGCUGUAGUAUUUUCUAUCAUCCACAUCACAAUGUCUGAUGGUCCUGGGCUCGAAUCACUUGUGGAUCAGACUAUAUCUGUUAUUACAAAUGACGGGCGUAAUAUUGUGGGCAUUUUGAAAGGUUUUGAUCAAGCUACUAAUAUCAUUCUGGAUGAGUCACAUGAGAGGGUAUACUCCACAAAGGAAGGCGUACAACAGCUUGUUUUAGGGCUGUAUAUUAUAAGGGGAGAUAACAUUGUUGUUGGAGAGUUGGAUGAAGAGCUAGAUGCGAACCUGGACUUGUCGAAGCUUAGGGCACACCCCCUUAAGCCUGUGAUUCACUGAUCUACAAUGAAGUACAACAACGUGCUAGCUUUUUGUAUGCAUAAUAGAAGCAUAUUUGGUAUUGCCAACAAAAGCAUCGCACGCAACAGCUUAUCUCGGUAGCCUUUGGAAUUCAAUGAGCCUGAGUAUCAGAUUUUUAUUACAAAUUAGUUUUAGAGGCCUUUCCAUGUUGAAUGCUGUGACAUGGGUAUUUUUGCUGUCUUGUAUCUGACAGAUUUUGGAGCGCAUCUCUGAUUAGCUACCUGCGAACUUUGUAGUUACGAUUAUAGUAGCUGUUAGUUCCAUUUAUUUAAUACUAAGAAUGCAUGUUGUAUUAGUGCAGAUUUGUUCUUGUUUAGGUGUUUAUGAAUCCUGAAGAUACUCGAGUUUUGUUUCUUGUAGAGGAUAUGCUGCGUUGAAGGCAGAGAAUUCGCAUUAUUUGUGUAGUGAUCACUUUUAAAUCUCUUUGCUGGAGGAUUUUCUUC